AAAAAUCUAUGCUUAUUUACUUCCAAAGAUUGGACUCACUUUCAUUCCUUUUUUCAGUUUCACGGAUUGCGAUUUGGGUUUUGGCGUGAGGAUUAAGAUGGGAGAAUGGAACAAAGUAGAAUUUAGGUGAGAGUAUUGUUUGGGAGAGUUCAUUAAAUGCAUCUAAUGCAGAAUGCUCAAAUAGAAGACCCUAAUUCUAUUUAUAAUGGUACCAGCCAAAUGGAACUUGUUCUUUGGCAGUUAAUUGGCUCAUUUUCAAUACUACUUCGAAAUAUCGCUGUACCAUGGAUAUUUGUUGGCUUUCGUUUCGCUUUAUCGAGUGGUUUCUGGUUGAAAUUCGCACUUGAUUUCUUGUUCAUAGUAUUGCCAAUUAUUUUUUCGCUAACACUGUUCGCAGAUCAUCUGUCUGUGAUACUUCUGCUACAAUUAACUGCUUUGCUUUCUUUAAUAACUUUUUCUCUUUGUGAAUAUUGCUUUAUCGCACGCGAAAAACCUACAUUACGUCAGGUUUUCGGUCAGAUGGUUGAUGAACAACAUUCACCCACCGAAUUCAUCACUUACAUGAGAUCUGUGGGCCUCAUCGCAACUGCUGUUGCAAUUUUGUCCGUUGAUUUUAAUGUCUUUCCACGUCGUUUUGCCAAAACAUACACUUAUGGCCGAAGUCUUAUGGAUCUUGGUACUGCAACAUCCGUUUACUGUUUCGCCGUUGUUGAUGUUUUCAAGACUUUCCCAAGCAGGGGCAAAUUUCCAGCGUUACAGAGAAGACAUUUUUUCCGGAAACACUUGCCAAUCAUUAUGUUGCUUUGCUUAGGUUUCGGAAGAACAUGUAUUAUACGCGUGUUAAACUAUCCAACACAAGUUGUUGAAUAUGGAGUGCACUGGAAUUUUUUUAUAACACUCGGUUUUCUUCGGAUCAUUGUGAAACUAUUCGGUCGUCGUUUUCAUUUGCUUUUCGGCUUUAUCAUAAUUUCCGUCUAUCAGUAUUUGUUGAGUAAAAGAAAUUUCCAGAAUUGGCUACUUUCGGAGAACGUCAGUCGAGAUACCUUUAUUGCAAUGAAUCGUGAAGGCAUUUUUUCUUUAUUUGGAUAUUUGUCAAUGUAUUAUUUUGCAUCCACUAUUGCUAGUUUCAUGUAUUCCACGGGAAUAAGGCUCAAAUCCUGGUUCUACAGAACCUUCCAGUUAUUUAUGAUCGCUGCGCUUCUUUUCUUUGUUCAGAAAUUGGCUGAGAUGCUUGUGGGACCACCUUCACGGAGAAUUGCCAACUUAUCUUAUAUCUUAGAAAUGCUGGUCUUCCAUACUGUUUACAUGGCUAGUUUAUUGUUGAUACAAUUGGCUUCAAUUUUCGGAUGGGCAGCACAGAUGCCGCAAUUCUCUAUUGAUGAAAGUCCUUUCGAACGUUUAAAGCCAUGUAUGCUUGAUUCAGUAAACCGAUAUGGCGUGCCAUUUUUUUUGUUAGCGAACAUACUCACGGGCUUCAUUAAUAUAACCAUAACGACAAGCUCUGUAGCAAACGUCUAUCAUUCGACGACUAUCAUCACUGUAUAUAUGUUUAUUUCAUGUGCACUCAUCCAUAUCUAUGCAAGGGUAGGCGAUCCUGGCGGAAAAUAUGCAUGA